AAGUAGCUGCAGGGCUAGGUUUGGUCACAGCAGCUGCCAGAACAAGGCGAAGGGAACCGGCUUUGUGGCUAAUGUGCUCCUGUCACCCUCCUCCUUCCCAGCGCCAUGGUGUGCAGGGCUUUGCAUUACAGCCUUUUGCUGUCUUUCUGCCUCUGCUCUUUGCUGGCAGCAGCACAGGGGCAGGCGAGGCAAAGCAAGCCUUGGGAGCGCAGAGACACAGCCCAGAGCUCAGCCUUGCAGGGCAGUGAACCCUAUGACCAGCUGAGGAAUCACCUGGGGACCAUGAGGGCCCUGUCCAGGAGGUACUGGCAGCUCUUGGCCUGCCGGUUGUGGCAGGAGGACUGCGAAGAAGAAGUGGCAGAGAAGAACGAGAUAAUGAGGACGGUGAUAAUGGAGGAGGAGGAGGAGGAGGAAGGAGGAGGAGGCGCGGUCAUCGUGGAACACCAAGGGUGGAGCUUGUCUAUGGUGAGGGAGAUCGUCUCCAGCUGGUACUGCAGCUUUGGCAAGUGCUGUGCAACGGGAGACUGCAGGGUGACCAACAACAUCACAGGGUUGGAACUGGAGCUGGGCAGGCGACUCCAUGGACAACACUUAGCAAAAGAUGUUGUCCUGAAAGCUGUUCAAGGCUUCCUGGAAACCCCUCAGCCAGAGAAAGCCUUGGCCCUUUCCUUCCACGGCUGGUCUGGCACAGGCAAGAACUUUGUGGCCCGGAUAAUGGCAGAACACCUUUACCAGGAUGGCUUAAAAAGCGACUGUGUCAAAGUCUUCAUCUCACCAUUUCACUUCCCUCAUUCCAAGUAUGUGGAUAUUUACAAGGUUCAGCUCGCAAAACAGAUCGGUGAGACAGUCCAACAGUGUGAGCAGUCACUGUUUAUUUUUGAUGAGGCAGAGAAGCUUCACGGUGACCUUCUAGACGGCAUAAAACCCUACAUGGAUCACUACGACAGCAUUGAUACAGUGGAUUACCGGAGAUCCAUCUUCUUAUUCCUUAGUAACACUGGCAGCAACAUCAUUAAUGAGGUGGCUCUUGACUUCUGGCACGCUGGUCGAGCGAGAGAGGAAAUAACCAUGGAUUCCUUAGAACAGUACCUUCGGACAGAGCUGCUGGAGUCCACAGAUGAUGGUUAUGCCCACAACCGCCUUCUGGAAGAGAAUCUCAUAGACUUCCUGGUACCGUUCCUGCCCUUGGAGUACCGCCACGUGAAGCUGUGUGCUCGAGAUGCUUUCCUUGCCCGGGGCCUUCAGUUCACUGAAGAGGCACUGGAUGAGGUUGCAAGGAUGAUGGUGUUCGUCCCCAAGGAGGAGAAACUGUUCUCAGCCCAGGGUUGCAAGUCAGUCUCUCAGCGUAUAAACUACUUCCUUCCCUGAUGUUGUCGGAGUCUGGCUGCACAAAGGGCUGCAAUGCAACCUGCUCUACUUCCUCUUGCACAGAGAUCGAGAGAUGUUUGCUUCCCUGACACCGGGCAUUAAAUCCCCUACAAUGUGGGGGCUGUUGGGCCGGGAAAAAGCAAUAAUUCUGAAGUCUGUGGAGGAACAUGCACCAGCAAAUGAAGACGUUGCCAAUAAGCAGACACUAUGUAGCUGGAAUCAACAUCAAUGGUGCUGUUAAAAAGGGCAUUUUCAUGCGCUGCUUUGGAAGAAAUGGUGCUUCCAGAUCACCCGUCCUCAUUCACAGCACUGAGCGGGCAUUUAAGGCAGGUCCUGGGGCAGAGUAACUACAGCAGCAAGUAGAGUUAAAGGCUGCUUCCUUUUUGUCUUGAAGACUGAGAUUUCUUUUGGCGGUUGUCUGAAAGGAGACAUGACUUCCUCCUCUGCCCCUUUAGGGGCGUGACUGAACAAGGAGCUGGAAUAUUUGCUUACAAUGCAAGAAAUGCCUUCUUCUUCCAGAACGAGUUAUGAACUUGGAGAGGUAGUACUCACCUUCAUAAUAAUCAGCUUAUAAAGGACAUGGGGAUACUGCAGCAAGUAACCUGCUGCAAAAUUUUGGCUAAUGUGCUUCCCUGUAUAUAUGUACACUAUGAAGAAGGCACAUUUGCAAUUUUUGAUUUUUAAUCUGCUAAGGGACUUAAAUCCAGGACACCAUCAGGGUGUACUCAACUCAAAGUCUGUGUUUGUGUUGGGUGGGUGUGGGAUGGGAGGCGACGGGUGCCAAAAUUGUGAUGCACUUCCAGCUCAGCGCUGAAGUUGAGCAAUAAAACUUAGUGCGAAAUAAAAAGCAAACACUGUUUGUGUGAACCAACAUUCACUGGUUUUUGCAAACCUGCAUCUUUAUGAAUUAAAACUUGGCACCGUUAUCCAUUUCUGCUACAGUGCAAAGCACAGAGUGGUCACGCUUAGCAUCCUGAUGCUUGUUCUGGCCCACUUUGGCCAUACUUUAGAGAGUGCAGCCUCACAUUGGCCAGAAGUAUCCUACUGCUUAGCCCACCAGAAAGAGAUGCAGUGCUUGCUUAGCAGGCCAGAAUGGUACAGGAAUUUAGUAAUGAGCUAACAUUUCAAGCUUCCACACAUAAGCCCUGGGCAAACAUUAACCUAUGCAUGGAUAUCAACCAGUUCUAGAGGCAGCUUAAGCAUGCCUGGUGGGUGAGGCUGGUACAAUUUCAUUUCCUCACAAUACAAACUUAAACUAUUCCUCUGGUUUAGGGUGGGCAGCAGGAGAAGCUAACCCAUGGCUUGUGCACUGAAUCUAACUCCUCUUCAGCUAUUUUAGUGCCCUCCAGACCCUAAAUAAUUUGGUGCCAACCUUUUAUUAGAUUUUUUUUUUGCAAACUGUUCUGCUCUGUGCCAUCGUCUGCUGUGGUGCGCAGCUUCCUUAUUCUCGAAAACUUGCAUCUGAAGCACUUGCUAAAAAUAAAACAGCAGGAACCACCCAAAUCACCCUUUCUUCUGCACAGGAAAAGUCCCUCUUGCUCUCAUGGCGAAGCAGAGCUGUAGAAUCACUGCAGUGCUCUAAGAAGGCUGUCUUAAUGCUGCAAGGUUGAGUGAGAUGGAGAGAGGGCUCACCACAAUUAAAGUUGAGACAUGGCUAUGAAAAGCAAAGCCCAGGCUUACAAGCUUGCUCAUUGCGUCAGCACUUCAAACAUACUUGGGAAAUGAACAAAAAAACACACUCCUGCCCAAGCUCUGGUUGUUACAAGAUGAAAACAAUUGCCCAAGUCCUCUUCCAUCACUCUGGUUCUUCUCUCUCUCUCUCUUGGCAGGGAAAAUAGCUUGUCAUUAGUUAGUCUCCUUGCUUUACCAGCACAUCAUGGUUCUAGCUUAUUAGAACAGAAAUGUGCACUUCACUUCCUUCGAACCCAUCUCUCAUAGGGCUGGAAAACCCAACUGCUUUCCUGAGCACAGACAAAGUGCAAGAGCCACAGCCGGGGUGGGGGGCAACAAUAACUUGACAGAGAAUCUUUAAAGCCUCAAAGUACAACAGCUGGAAAGGGCACUGAGAUAGCCCCCAAGAGGAAGAGGUGGUCAGGCAUUCUGCUACAGGAGGUACUUGUGGAAAACAUGGGGAGGGGGCAGAAUUAACAUGUUCAGACAACUUAUCAUUGUAAAAGAAACAAAUCCAUGUUUAUCCCUUCUACAGAAGUAAAAGGUGAAAAAACCCACACUACUACUAGUUUCUAAUUAUGAAUUAUUAUAAAUAAACACCAUUCAAUUAUUUGAAUUGUGAAAAUAAUUCCAGGGUCGUCGUUUCUGUUAACUCAAAUUCGUUCUAAAAAUAUUUGUUAUAAGAACAGCCGCUUGGCUUUGGACUUACCCAUUUCUAUUCUUCAGCCAUGGUCACUUUGGCAUGUGGCUCCUACAGAGCUCGCAAUGGGACAACAUAGACUCUGAGAUGUGGCAAACAGAUCUAGCAUUGACAUGUCCCAAUGCUCCACAAUUUGGCUGGAAACCUGUGGGUUCAAUUGCCACUGCACCUCUGGCACCACUGAGUGGCAGAGCCAGUCUGAUACCACACUGUUGACUCCGGCCAAAUACUCUGCUCUCAAAGACGCUAGAUGCCUUUCUGCCCACAUGGUUUUUAUGCCUUUAAAUUCUGCUUUUUUAACCAGGUCCUGGCCUCCUUCUUGACAUAGGCAUGGGCAGCAGUUUUGUAGGUCCACACCAGCAGGUGCUGAUUCUAGAACAUCUGAACAGAGGCCCUGAAUCUCUUACUCCUCCAGGUGUGCUCCUCAGGCAUAUCAGCAGCUGAGCGACCUUUCGGCUUCGGCCCAGCCGCUUCAUCAGCUCUGAAUCUACUUGUACUUGUCCUCC